UCACCAAUCGAUAUGUUAUGUCCAUAUUGUCGUAAAACUGUUUGUACCGAAAUUCAAUAUACGCCUGGUGUUGCAACUUAUUUAACAGCAACAACUUGCUGUGUUAUAGGAGGUAUUAUCUGUUGCUUUAUUCCAUUUUGUUGCCGGCAAUUAUAUGAUAUUAAACACAUAUGCCCGCACUGCCGCCACACUCUUAAGAUAUGCCGACGAUAA